AUGUCCGACUUUGAGCCGGUCACACCCGGGCCGGCCUUUCAGGCGGAGUGGGCCAAGUGGCAGAAACAGCUACGUGAAUGGCGCCAAGCUUACGAUGAGUGGCGCCAAGUGCUGCAGCAGCUUCAGGAGUGGGAUGAGAAGGAGAGCAAAGGAAUACAGCUCCCCUCCAUUGAUCCCAACUUUGAUGUCUUCGGCGUGGAGAACAUCCUGGAUAUUGGAGAGGGCGAGCCUCUCUUCGGGAAUUUCGAAUACGAGGACUGGCUUCUCCUCAGCACCAGGGUGGAGCUGCACUUGCUGGUACACCACUUCCGCGACGACACUGGCGGUGCAGUCUUGGACGAGUCAAACCUGGCUCAUUACUACAAAUGCUACUUCAAAAGGAACUUCAAGCCUGAAGACUUUGCAGUCAAAGCUGCGGAAGAGGUUAUUCUCCUGGUGGAGGACUCAGUUUGCAUUGAGAAUGCCUUGCUGGAGCACAAGCUUCCGGAGAACACCUCCUGGUUGCAUUUCCUGAAGUUGACGGAGCAACUGCGACGGGAGCGGAUGCAAGCCCUUGAGGCCGGGGAUGAGACCGUAACUCUCAGCUUCCCAGGCGCCGAGAAGGAGCGGGAAGCUGCCAGGAAGAAGCAGGCUGCGAAAGAGGCUGAACUCGCCGAAGCAGGCAAGGAAGAGUUGCGACCGCUGGAGCGACGGAGCAGGCCAAGCGGCCCCAGCGGCCCUGCCAAGCGGCCUCUUCGGGAGGGGCUCCGGGAAGCUCAGGGCCCGACCAAGGCCCUUCGUGUUGAUGAAAGGCGAGGUGGUGAUCGGGAAAAAGAGAGGUACGGCGACCCUGCGCGACGUUCAGUCUGGGGCACCCGCGACGAGCGCGGUCGUGAUCCACAGCGAGAACAGAGUGAUCGCGAAAGGGACAAACAUUCGGACCGGUAUCCUGAGCGGGAUCUGUACAGUGCCGGCGACAGAAGACAUCUUCAGCCCGACUCGCGAAACCAUGCUGCGACUGGAAGCCGAAUACCUGGCAGCCAUUCCCAGCAUGACCGGAAUUACGGAGCUGAUCGGGCAACCCGCACCCUUGACACGACACAGCGCGGUGUCACAAGACCUAGAGAACCGCCUCCCGUCAGUGCCUACAGUCGGGACAGGGACAGAGACAAUGCAGCUCGGAGUCGCGAAGCAGUGCCACGCUCCUCUGCCUCCGCUUCGAUCCCCAGCGCCCCGCAGGGCUCCGGCAGGGAUUCACGGAUGCCAAUUGGCGCCACCGUGGGUCGUGACAAGCGUGAUGCACCCGCUACGCCUGGUACGGGAGCUGCGAGUGCCACGGCCGCAUGCGAACGCCAUGGCAAGGGCGCGGGCAAAGUCUGGCGACAAGAGAGACACCUGGAUCCUCUGGAUGCCUUCAUGGCUGGUAUGGAGCGGCAUGGCGAGGCCUUUGCCACGGGUGAUGUUGCUCCCGAACCGCCGAAGCCUCCGACGCCGCCACCGAGGCCCGACAGACAUCACCGUGGGGGUGACGGCUAUCGAGACUCGCGUGGCUACAGGCCUGAGGCUGCGCGCCGCGACUACGGGGAUGGAUACCGGACUGAGCCCAGCCGUCCUACGGCCUACGAUCGAAGCACCACGACGGACAGCCAGAGAAGGCACGGGGCCGCUGACGGACGCAGGCCUUCUGAGCAUUGGCCGCAUGGCAUUCCUGCCUAUGGUGGCAGCGCAGAGCCUGUCCGUAGCGAUUCUGGAUACCGGCACAGCUAUGGUGACUAUGCCCAUGGCAGUCACGGCUACCAGACCGAGGAUCGUGGUCGAGGCCUCCGUGACAGGGACGCAGGCGGCCAAAGUGCGCACUACGCCGUCUACGAGCGCAGAGAUGGCAGAGGCUAUGGCCCUGGCCGUGUCAACCCGCAGGACCUGUAA